CCCCGAAGCGAAGGCAUGGCGAACGAUCGCGAAAUAUUGCGUGAAAUAUGGGAGGGCAAAAUUCCGGUGCACUUCAAGCUGUCGGUCGACGAGACCGACGUAGAACCAGAAGAGUUUUUUCUCCUCAUACCUCGACUAAGCUACUUCCCUCUGGUCACUGAUAAAGUCAGAAAGCACUUUCUUCGAUUUAUCUCGAACGAACUUCAGGACGGCGAAAUGUGGAUGGACAGUAACGGAACACCGUUAAAGUGGCACUAUCCUAUAGGUGUUCUGUACGACAUGCUGAUCGGUACCGAUGCAACACUACCGUGGCACAUUACGGUACAUUUUUCCAAGUUUCCCGAUGAAAUUUUGAUUCGAUGCGCCAACAAAGAAAUCGUAGAAGCACACUUCAUGUCUAGUCUCAAGGAAGCCGACGUCCUCAAGCACCGUGGCCAAGUGGUUUCCGCCAUGCAAAAGAAAGAUCACAAUCAGCUGUGGUUAGGGUUAGUUAAUGAUAAGUUUGACCAGUUCUGGGCAGUAAACAGGCGGCUAAUGGAACCCAUACCCGACCAGGAGGGAUUCAAACACAUUCCGGUGCGGUGCUAUUCCGAGGACGGUACGUACCAGCAGAAACUAGUCGCACCCAGCAGCGAAACCGGCCAGAAGCGUACGUUGCAGGAUUUGCUGGACGAUUUCUCAACACCUGUUAGAAAAGCAGUGGAGGCCAGAACCCAUGGCGUUACGAUCCCAGAAUCGACACCGCUCCAGUGGCUGUCGGAGCACCUCAGCUAUCCGGACAACUUCCUGCAUCUCUGUCUGCUGCACGCCUAAGCCCCGGGCCGGAUGCCGGACCCGGCCGUAUGAAUCAAGCCAAACACGUUUAUCAUCAUCCUUUGCUCACCGUCGCCCGCCUCACACUCGAUCCGGUGUUGCCGUAACCACUUUGGAUCGUAAAUUCAUUCUAACUCGCCGACGAUGGCGUCAUUCCCACGCACACACACACACAGCUAGUGCGCCAGUCAGCCAGCCUCGCGGCGUAGACACCGUGGAACCAACAACCACAGCAACAACGUGAAGCCCAGCACGCGAAGUGAGAGGUCCGCUCGGCGGUGAGAUAACUUUCCGCGGCGCCGCUUCUCACCUCUCGCGCACGCGGCGCGCUUGACAUUAAUGUCUAAUUAUACGAUUAUCGUUUCUCUUUUUCGCGCCAUAUUGC